AUGUCUACUUGGCCAGGUCAACCAUUGUCCAGACACCCACUCAGCCCUGACCACAGCCAGCUUGACAAACCGGUGCCGCCCAGUUUAGGCACAGAAACCAAUCUGAGCUUGUUGCUAGAUAGGACAAGUUGGCAAAACAAUACGCCCACCCUCGAGACCUCACCCACCGAGCAUGAACUGGCUCUGCGCGAACACCAAGUCAACAAAGCCAAGCACCUCGAGAUGGCGAAGCUUGAGCUGGCCAAGCGCGAAGGGCAAGAAUUUCUUAGUGAAGCCAAUAUGGCUAGAAUCAAAAAUGGAAGGUCAAGGACCAAAGCUUUGGCCAGAGUACAAGAAAAUCACCGGUCAGUCACCCCACAUCACCCCCCUUCUGCGCGAUACAUGCACAGGGUUCACCCGCCACCUUCUAGAAUUCCUUCCGGCCAUAUGUUAAACGCCUCAAUGGUCCAUAGACGUGGUCCUCCCGAGCCUGCUGCUCGGAUGCGGCAAAUUUCCGAAAUUCUUGCUCACCCUACCAAACGAAAGGCCCGAGCGUCGCUAGGAGUUUUGAACCAUCCACCCCGCGGGGUCGGCCACGCGCCUCAUCCCAGCUCACACGCUCGACGACACAGUGGAAAUAUCACUGCCAAAAUGGCUCUAAGGGCCCAAGCAGAAAGACUCCAAAGAAGACGACUAGGGACCCUUGACCUCAAAGCUAGACAACAUAACUUGAAAGUACAGGCAUUGCGAGACCUCCGGAAGCGUGAAUAG